AUGGAUCGCGAAUAUUAUAAAUCAAUGUGUCUUUCUGUGUUAGAAAAUAGUUCAUACUAUGAAAAACAACUUACAUACGAAAGUAAGAAGGUCAUGGAAAAACUCGAGACUAUCAUAGAUGAAUACGGACAAAAACUUACUGCCAAGGAAACCGCAUAUCUUUUGUCAUUUAACAUUAAAACCAGUAACUUUUAUGGUUUGCCAAAGAUACAUAAAAGCCAGACAAUUAAAGAUGAAUGUAAAAUUUCCAGAUCAACAUACAUAAGUGUUGCAAGUCCAGCUGAGCUCACAAUUAGACCCAUAGUUGCGGGACCAACAUGUGAAACUCACAGGAUAAGUAAUCUAUUGGAUAUAUUAUUGAAACCGUAUGUUACCAAAGUUCAAAGUUAUAUACGAGACACAGUAGAUUCCCUUAAUACAAUUCCUGAGAAAGUCAACCCUGAAUCCAUUUUGGUUUCAUUUGAUGUCACCAAUCUCUUUUCUAACAUUCCACAUGAUCUUGGACUCAUUGCAAUAGAACAUUGGAUAGACAGAUUUCCUAGUCUUUUGAAUGACAGAUUUCCGAAAAACUUUGUUUUAGAAAGCCUUCAAUUAAUCUUGGAAAAUAAUUUCAUGCAUUUUAAUGACAUAGUCUACAGACAAAAAUUAGGCACGGCAAUGGGAACCAAAGUUGCGCCAACUUAUGCUACACUUGUCCUAGGAUUCCUAGAAGAAAAACUGUAUUUAACCGUGAAAGAAAAAUUCGGGCAGGACUUUGAAAAUUUUAUAAGGAAGUCGUGGAUACGCUACUUAGAUGACUGUUUCGUCAUAUGGGACAAAAGUGAUGAUCAACUAUGGAAUUUUUUAAUAUUCUCAAUACCCUGA